CGAUUGAUAUGUUUAGAUGUUUAGGUUAUAUAGUUCCAAGAAAAAUGGGAUUGAAAAUUAUGAUGCAGAGUAAAAUGAAAAAUUAAUUCAACCGGUCAAAGAGUAUUAAAUCACAAUGUUAGGAUUGCAUACUGAAAUUUAUACGCUGACACGUCGUAUGGGUUUGUGCUCUUUGGAGAUGCAAUUUUGUAGUUGAAAUGGCCUGAGCCUAGAGUGAUGGAAAUCUUAAUUUCAAAAAAAUCUAUUGGUUUUCUUUUUUUACUAGCCAGCAUUCUGAUCUACAUAUUUUUUGUAUACAACUCUUGUGUAGUUUCUAACUUCCCAAAAGCCAUUCCAAAAUGGCGAGCACAUCCUGUCAUUGCACAAGAAAUUCCUUUGAUUCACUACUCAAGCUCAGUUAGAGUAGUUUCAUUAUUGGAAGGCAAUGAAACGGAUAUAUCUCCAAAGUAUAGAUUCUUGAAAGAGCAAGGACUGAGACCAGAAAAGCAGUUACCUAGUGCUUUAAUAAUUGGUGUCAAAAAGGGUGGCACCAGAGCCCUCUUGGAAUUCAUACGAGUACAUCCAGAUGUUAGGGCGGCAGGCAGUGAGGUGCAUUUCUUUGACAGGAAUUAUGCCAAGGGUUUUAGAUGGUAUAGGGAAAGAAUGCCUGCUACACUUGAAGGGCAAUUGACCAUUGAAAAGACACCAUCAUAUUUCAUCACUAAAGAAGCCCCUAGAAGGGUACAGUUGAUGAAUCCCUCCACCAAACUGUUAGUAGUAGUAAGAGACCCAGUAACAAGGGCUAUUUCAGACUACACACAAGCAAUAUCGAAAAAACCGGAGAUGAAACCAUUCGAACAACUCGUGUUUGUUAAUGGUUCCAUCGGUAGCAUUAUAGAUACUUCAUGGGGUCCUAUCAAGCUUGGCAUAUAUUCCAGGUACCUCUCCCGCUGGCUCAAGUUCUUCCCUCUAUCCCAGUUACUGUUUGUAAGUGGAGAACGUCUCGUCGUUGAUCCUGCUAUUGAGUUGAAACGCGUCCAGGACUUUCUUGGAUUAAAAAGAGUUGUUACUGAAAAGCACUUUUAUUUUAACACUACGAAAGGCUUUCCAUGUUUGUUCAAGAGUGAAGGGAACUCUGCACCACACUGUUUGGGUAAAACCAAGGGAAGAAAUCAUCCAUAUGUUAACCCUGCCGUUCUCCAAAGGUUGCGAGACUUCUAUAGACCAUUCAACAACCAUUUCUAUCAAAUGACAGGGAUACAUUUUGGUUGGACAUAGUAUAUCUUGUUUUCUUUUUUUUAACUUUUGGCAGAUGAUACCUAUGCAUGUUUUUAACAUAUCAGACUUAGGGACAUUUUAUACAAGUUUUACUAUUUCUAAAUGGAAGAAUUGUAGUCAAGAGAUUUUAAUACCAAAGAGUUGCUCAAAGAUAUAUAGUAAGUAUCUCUAAAGACUAGUCUUUCUUAUCAGUUUUUCAGAAAAAUCUUAUGAGAGGUGCUGCAUUGUCAUUGUCGCGAAUUUUUGUAUGUUAUUACGUAUUACAUGAUACUCGUAUUUAAAUACUCAUUUUCUAGCAGAAUGCUAUAACGUAAAGUGGUCCUACUUUGCUCCAAAUUUAGGAUACUCGGAAUAUUUAUUAAAUUUUGAUUUACUAGAUAUAACCACUACCAUCGUUAACUAAUGCAUUCUAUAAUAUGUCAGAGGUACUACAUUAUAUGAGGAGCAUACUUUCUAAUCGCUCACUGUCCAUUUUGGACUUUUUACAGGAAAGCUGAAAAACUGCUGUGAGCUUUUUGCUAACUUUUGGAAAACGACUAACACAUCAAAAAACGUAUUUUAAUAUCAACAGUUUGCUAUAGUAACAAGGCUAAGCAAAUAUUAAUAGUUUACUAAAAAAAAUUCUAAUUCUUUGAAUGACCACAAUGGAAAAAAGUCAGUUCUUUUGUCCAUAAAUGAAUACCAAAUGAUUUUGAACUUAAAAUUCUAAGGCGAACAGUUCUCUUUGAAUUAUAUUACAUGUAAGUCGUCUUUCGCCAGGCAGCAACAUUCUUUGUCAUCUUCACUGUGGUUACAGCUCUGCUCCUUACUUUCGUUGUGACCAUGUUCCCUACACCGAUCUUUUAUAAUUGGGUCAAGCCAGGUUAGCUCUGGAUCUCUUACCCAGUCUUGGCCUGAUAAACUCACUUAAAAUGCAGAUAAACUAUCCAGUUUUCUUCUGGAGAGCAUGCUUGAAUGGUAAUUCGGACAAUACUAUACCACUUAGUUUUCGAUUCAAGUAAACUCGCAAAUUUCUUUGAGGAUCAUCAUUUCUGUAUAAAAGUUCGCUCUCAUACAAGAUUUUAUCUUGACCACACUUUUCAUGAUUAUUCUUUUGGCCUCGGAAAUUCCUGCAAUUCUUUCAAGUGAACGUCGCAUUUUUAAUAUUGUGAAGGGUCCAACCAGAGCCAAGUUUUCAGACAUGUCUCCUUUUCGAGUGAAUUUCAUAAUAUUUUUCUGGCAUCUUUAUAAAAGCAUGAGGCCGCAAUUCGAGUUCAACUCGAUCAGCAGGCAUAAAUGAGUGGCCACGAACGGGAAGUCUCAUUGUAAUUGUUUCAAUAGAUGCUGCAGCAUCAUUAAGCAGCCACAUCAGUGCGUGCACCAUU